UUGGAGGGAGCUGAGAGUGUAGGGGGAGGAGGCUGGUCGUAUCCAUACAGCCGCAGGGGCGUGGCCAGUCAACCAAUCGAAGUGUGUUUCUCUAGAACUUCCCCCACAAGGAAGGGGCUUCUCUCGUAUUGCUGGGGGACAAGGAGGUUGACAAACCGGAAGACGCCCUUGUCUCCACCCACUUUUUUUUUGGGGGGGGGGGUUGUUGUUGAUGGUUUGCGCGCUAGUUGCAAUCCAUCUAGGGUGCCUGCAUAGCAAAUACGCAUGCGUCACCGGAAAAACCGUUUGGGAUUGUUUGAAAGAAGGCGGUGGAAUCCAGCAUGAUAUUGAAGUAUUAAUUUGUUCCAUGAAAGUCAAGAUGCCUGGCAAAGCAGGUGCAAGUAGAAAAAUAGGAAACAAGUCAAAACAGGAGAGCAAACUUGAACACUGUACAAAAACUAGAAAAAGGAAUGUUGAUAAUGGAGAUACUGAGGAUGCAGAAAAAGAGGUAAGACUAUCAACCAAACAAAUGAAGAAACAACCAAAAAAUCCUUGUCAAGCAGCUAAGAAAAAUACAAAUACAAAAAAGAAAACUUUUAAAAAUAAAAUAACAUGGCAGCCUCUUUCAAAAGAUAGUCAAGAACAUUUUGAAGACAUGAUGGAGUCUGUGAUAUUAUCUGUUUUGAGAGAUGAAGUUAAAGAAAAGGAAAACAUUCAAAUUCAUCUUAACUGCCUAAAGGAAAGAUUUCUUCAAUUGUGUGAAAAGCAGAAAGUCUCUCUAGGAGAGUGGAGCAGUCUAAAGAAAGUAUCAGAUCUCUGUCUAAAGGAAAUGGAGACUCUUGAGGCAAAUCAAGAAGACUUGAAGUUAUUGCAGGAAGAAACUGAAAAAGCAGUGAAGGCAACAGAAUUAAUAAAAGAGAAUAUUCAGAAACUUCAGGACAAAAUUCGGAUUCUUGAGAAUGAGUUGGAGGAAGAAGAGGAAAAGGCCAAGCUGGUGCUUCAUAUAGAUGAUACCAAGGUACUUUCUCUUCCAGAACUCCCCAAGGAAAGUAUUGAAGCCCCAAUACUUCAUGAGGAAAUUUUGAAAAGAAUCCCAAAUCAGAAAGAUAUUCUAAAGGAUCUACAUGUCAUGAAUAAUUCAGCAGAAAUGAAGAACAUGUUAACUUUCAUAAAAGAAGCCUAUAAGAAGCUGGAUACCUCCUAAGUCCUUGUACUAUAUGUUUGUGGACAAUUUAACAUUUAUAAAUCAAUGCAAAUGACCGUUACUUUUAAUGACCUGUAGAUAUUAUAGAGAAUAUGACAAUUAUGGGGAUUACAGGUGUCUUAUUCAUCACAGGCACUUUUUUUUUUUAAAUGGGCAUUUUAUACUAACUGAAAAUCCAGAGAAGCCCUGGAUUAUUGCCACAAAUGACCACAUCUAUGUAGGAAAUUGAGGUUCGAUAAGGAAGUAGGGAGAAGGGGUCCUUAUCUAACUACUACCCUUCCCCUCAAAGUCAGGCAGAUGAGGUUUUGGUUCACCUGACCCCCUUGGGAUCAGAGUACAGAAACUCUGGUUCUUGGCUGCACAAUGAGUAUCCCCAAGUUCAAGGUUUAAGGAGGUUGAUGGAAAUCUUUUUUUAGUGGACAGUUUAUGUUUCAAAGUCCUGUCCAGUUGACUUGUCUUCUUGUGAGGAUCUGGAGUCAGGAGUCAAAGGGGAAGAGAUCACUGGAUUAGAGAAUUGGCCAGAAGACAGAAGUCAGUUUUCAACUCCUGGAUCACCUCACUCCUCCCUCCCUUCCUCCCCUCCCCUCCCCCUCCCCCUCAGUUCUGUGUUCCUUUUUUGCCAAUCCCCCACUGCGGUAGACUCCUUCAGCUCUUCCAGAUUCAUUUAUCUUCCAAGAUCUCAAAUCUCUUACAGAGUAUAAAUACCAAACCCCUUUUACUUCCCAGGUUAUUGAGGCAUAAUUGUGUCCCAGAAGACUGAUUACUAAAGAAAUGCAUGUAUACUCUGUCCCCUUAGACAGUCAACUUAAAAAUAACCUAACACUGCAAUACCUGAGGCUUUUUUUUUUUGGUUCAUUGAUGACACCAUAUAGUGAUUUCAGUAAUGAUAAAUUUAUUGCUAUAUAACUGAAAUAGUACAGUUUUAAAGCUAUUUCAAAUAAAAGUAAAACAGUUUUACUCUUUCAGAUAUAUUCUUUGGGGAAAUCAGUGCAUUGUCUGUUGGUUUUUAUUUGUAAAAUAAAAUACAUGUAGUUCA